AGAGGAGAGAGAAGAGAGAGAGGAGAGAGAGAGAAAGAGAGAGAGGAGGCCACGAGGAAGCCAGGGGCGGCGGGCGGAUAGAAGAAAGGGAGUAUCCGGAGAGAAGCAGCUCUCUCGUCGGGGCUCCGGAGCCGCGCGAACCUGCCGCGACGCUGCACGGCGGCAUCGUCCUCCGGCGUCGUCCUCGAAGAGGAGUCCGGCUUGCGUGGCGCGCGUUGCCGUCGUCGUCGUCGUCGUCGUCGCCGCCGCGGUCGACGGCAGAAGUGGUGGAACAAGUGGUGCGCCGGUGGAGAAGGCGGAGGAGGAGGAAAAGGAAGACGUCGUCUCCUGCUCGUCGUCCACGAGCGCUUUCGAGGAGCCAGCGUCGAGUGUCGUGGCGAAACCGUGACUCUCGGCGAGGCAGGAUCCGUGCAGUCGCGUAUACCCUCGGCAAGGAUAACCGGCCGGGAUGUACGUCGCUCGCGCGCCCGUGCGCCGCGUCGCGCAGCGGACAUGAGGAGCGGGGUGCGAUCCGAGCUACGACGAGGUAGACGGCGAUUACUGGGGCGGAAGAGAUCGGGCGCGAGGUGUGUAAGUAAAAACAACGGCCGUCGAGAGUGUUUAGCCUCCGGAGGAGGAGGAGAGCGGACGGGGGGCCUGGGUGACGGGCAGCAGGGAUACAUCAUCCCCGCGGCGGAUGACGCGCGUACGAUCGAGAUACGGAAACGAGCCGAAUGAUGUUCAAUUGACGAAGACUGCGCAGCGCUAGGAAUGGCCCUCUUCAGUUCCGUCUUCCUGGGUGUCUGGGGAGUGUUCGUGGUCAUUUUGAUACAAGAAUCGACACCCGUUAGCUGGGAGGAGUGGUGGACGUACGACGGUAUUUCUGGUCCCGCCUUCUGGGGUCUUAUCAACCCGGAAUGGUGGCUCUGUAACAAAGGUCGAAGACAAUCACCGGUAAAUCUCGAGCCCACUCGGCUGCUUUUCGACCCGAAUUUACAACCGCUUCACCUGGACAAGCACAGAAUCAACGGUGUGUUGGCGAACACCGGCCACAGCGUCGUGUUCGCCGUGGAGAACGACACCCGUCAUCCCGUCAACAUAUCCGGUGGCCCGCUCAGUUAUCGUUAUCAGUUUCAUGAGAUUCAUCUGCACUUCGGCGCAGACGAUCGCAUCGGCAGCGAGCACACCGUCGACGGGCACGCCUUCCCUGCCGAGCUCCAGAUCUUCGGCUUCAACUCGCAGCUGUACAACAACUUCUCGGACGCCCUGCACCGGGCGCAGGGGAUCGUGGCGGUGUCGCUUCUUUUGCAGGUGGGCGACCUCUCGAACCCGGAGCUAAGGACGUUCACGGAGCAGCUGGAUAAAAUCAAAUAUGGAGGGCAGGCCAUGGAAAUUAAACGUUUCGGAGUGCGCGAACUUCUGCCGGACACGAAGCAUUACAUGACGUACGACGGCUCCACCACGAUGCCGGCGUGUCACGAGACCACCACAUGGAUCAUCCUCAACAAGCCCAUAUACAUCACCAAGCAGCAGCUGCACGCUCUAAGACAAUUGAUGCAAGGCGAUGAGAAACAGCCGAACGCGCCGCUUGCGAAUAACUUUAGACCACCGCAGCCCCUUCAUCAUCGUCCCGUGCGGACGAACAUUGACUUUAACGUUCAGGGCCCGAAGAAUUGUCCGACGAUGAACAGGGACAUAUAUUACAAAGCCAAUAGCUGGAAAUAAUACCCAGCACUGCCGUGUGUGGUCGACGUUCGCAGUAACUACGCUUUUCCCCCCCCGGAACGAGCUGGAACUUCGCUGUAAGGAAAAAAAUUGACAUAUCAAUUACAGGCGCGACAGGCCAGGUCACAAAAGUUGCGGCGGAGAGAACGCGAGAGGAGCGUGACCGAGCGGCGCCCACGGCGCCGAGUGGUCGAGGUCUCGAGGAAGGAGAGAAGAAAAAGAAAAGAGAAAAAAAAAAGAAAAAAUGCUUCGUUGUACUUAUUAGACGUGAAUUGCCAAGUAUGUUUCCAGUUAAACAAGAAAAACAACCCAGAUAUACCUAUAGAUGACAAGUUAGACGAGAUAAGCUAAUCGUAAGAUCUAUUAUUAUACAUAUAUCGAUAAACUAUCGAAAAAAAAGCUAUGACUAUCGUGGCCUGCGCGGGGUUUGAGAGAUGCAAUUAUAUGUAUGAAAAUUCAAGCGCGACCGAGCGCGCUAUCGAGCGAAAGUUUAUACUAUAUUCUUGUAAUAAAAGCUUGGAAAGAAACGCA